UUCAGUCGGACACUGGAGAUCAGCGGAAGAAGUCCAGUCUGUCUCCUCACAGCAAAUUUUAUUCUCCGUUAAGUUUGUAAUCAAACAACAAACCAUGAAGGCUUUUCUUGCUCUGUGUGUGGUUUUCCUCGGAAUAACCGAUACUGUGGCUAUGUCUCAUUCCUUGAAGUAUUUCUACACUGCCUCCUCUGGAAUCCCAAACUUCCCAGAGUUUGCAAGUGUUGGGAUGGUUGACAAUUUUCCAAUUGAUCACUAUGACAGCAACACUGGGAGAGCACAAAUCAAGCAGGACUGGAUGACCAAAGUCAUAGCAGAUGAUCCUCAGUACAUGGACAGGAACACUCAGGUCUAUUUGGGUGACCAGCAGACCUUCAAAGCCAACAUUGAAAUGGUAAAGCAGCGCUUCAACCAAACUGGAGGUGUUCACCUUUACCACAGCAUGUACGGCUGUGAAUGGGAUGAUGAGACAGAUGAAGUUAACGGAUAUGAUCAGGAUGGUUAUGAUGGAGAAGACUUCAUAUCAUUGGACCUGAAGACAGAGACAUGGAUCGCUGCAAAAUCACAGGCUGUCAUCAUGAAACACAUUUGGGAGAGUAACAAAGCUUAUAUUGCACAGAAUAAGUACUACUACACCCAGUAUUGUCCUGAGUGGCUGAAGAAGUAUGUGAACUAUGGGAGGAGCUCUCUGAUGAGAAAAGAUCUUCCCUCAGUGUCUCUCCUCCAGAAGACUCCCUCCUCUCUGGUCACCUGCCACGCUACAGGUUUCUACCCCGACAGAGCCGACUUGUUCUGGAGGAAAGAUGGAGAGGAGCUUCAUGAGGACGUGGACAAAGGAGAGAUCCUCCCCAACCAUGAUGGAACCUUCCAGAUGAGUGUUGACCUGAAGAUUUCAUCAAUCGCUGCUGAAGACUGGAAGAAGUAUGACUGUGUGUUUCAGAUGUCUGAUGUCAAAGACGACAUCAUCAAACUGGACAAAUCAGUGAUCAGGACCAAUGAAGGAAAUUCUCUCCCCAUGAUCAUCCCCAUCGUUGUUGCUGUGGCUGUUCUUUCUGUCAUCACUGUGGUUGGAUUCAUUGUUUACAAGAAGAAGAAUGACAAACGUCCUCCAUCUCCUGUAGAGAACAGAGAGGUCCAGGAGGAAAUGCUUCCAAAAGCCUGAAUGACAAUCAAAACCCUGCACUCAGUUUAUGGAAACAUUUUGCACUGAAACAAGGAUCAGUGUCACCACAUUCUCCUCCAUAAACUGGAAAUUCAUUGGAUGUUCAUCAUUAUUAUAAACUGGUAGAAGAAGUGUUGGGGAUUGAGUUAGAAAUAUUUUCUGAUUCAAAUUCAAGGAAAAAUUAAAGAGUCAUCAAACAAAGUGAUACUCAGUAGUUUUAUGCAUUUAGUUUUGAAUUUAAAAGUGGAAUUUCUUCUGAUAAAACAUGAUGACAAAUGUCUGCAGAGAAUUAAAACAUUGAAACGAUAUAAAAUCACUGAAAGCAUCUCAGUGUUCUUCAUACAAACACAAUCAAUCAGAGAAUUAGCACAUUUAUCAUAUUUACUGUUACAUAUUUCUGGUUUUGGGCUUUUUCCUGUAGAUCAAUAAAUCAAACAAUAAUCAAUAUUGAUAAUACAGAUGUAGAUAUACAUUUAUAGACACACAGACACACAUUACAUGCAUUCUCCUUUUUAUAGACGUAAACUCUGAAGGUCUGGUGAUAUAAUGACAUAAACAUUAAGACAAAAUGCUGCAAAUCAAUCAUCAGCUUCCAGAAACAUGUAAACUGCAGAGUUUAAACAUCCUGCAGUUGUCAGUGUAACUGGUCUUUCUGUGUUCCUGCUGGAGAUAAAGUGAAGCUCGUCUCUGCUGCUGGGACUGACUCCAGUCCUCUCAGUGGACAAACAGGACAGAAAAGUGAUGGAGGCAGUUUUUCAUCACUGUGGUGAUGAUCCUGAUUUGUCAGUGAUCUGUUAGAAACACAUUUCCAUCUGAAAAUCAAUUAAUGUACAAGAAAUAUAUUUGAAGUAAGAAUGUAAAAUGAUGGAGUGUAUCUCUGCACACAGACACAAAACAUAAAUAUGCAAAUAUUUGUCCUGUUGUAAAUUCUGUAAAGAUCUUGUUUUGAUUCCAAGCAGAUCUAGAAAUUUUAAUAUUAUAUUUUUAAAAUUUUAAAAUUAUAAUUUUAGUCUUAAAGUUGUUCUUAAUUAUUAAAUGAUGUUAUUGUUCUACAAAAUCAUUUCUCAUGUGUGGCUCAAUACUAGAUUGUACAGUUCUUUUGGUAUAUUUCAUUUAUCAAUACACUGUGAAAUGUUCUUGAACAUAUUUCUUGCUGGUAAUUCAGGACAGUGUCCUUUUUAUGUUUCAAAACAUUUUAAAAUUAAAUAGUGACGUUACAUUCACUUAUUAGUGGAUGAUUGUCACUUAUGCUGCAUAUCUGUGUAAUUUUGUACUUUGUUGCUUUUCAAUAAACUCCCCAAUAAUCCAGA